AUGCGCGGUCAUCUUUCGUCCGAUCUGCAGAAUUGCCAGCUCUCAGCUCGAGUGCGGGAGGGUGCUUGCAACGACGUUAUCACUGAGGUGGUGCGACAGACGCAGAAGCCACAGGAAACGGUGAUUCUCAGCGACAAAUGCGCGGAAAGACUGGCUGAGAUUAUCAAAGAGGAAGGGCGUGACGUGUGUUUACGAUUGACCGUGGAGGGAGGCGGCUGUUCUGGGUUCCAGUAUAUCUUCACUCUGGAUGACAAGGUCACUGCUGAAGAUAGCAUUUUCGAGCGUGAUGGAGUACGGCUGGUGGUAGACAAUGUAUCUCUGCUUUUUGUGAAUGGCGCCACUGUGGACUUCACAGACGAACUCAUUCGUUCUUCCUUUCAGGUGAUCAGCAAUCCCAACUCCGCGUCAUCGUGUGGCUGUGGUGCCUCAUUUACAGCAAAACAAUGCUCAGGCGUCGAGGCAUCCGCAUCCCUCCGAUCUCGCCUGAACCUGCAAUCGUCCUUUAAAGGCGAUGCUCUCGUUGCUCUCCCAGUCCGCACUGUUAGCAAGCGAUCCUCCGAGAGGCUCGUGGUGGUGGACGAGGCCGUCGUGCAGUUCAUCCGCGGCGUCAACGAGCAAACCAUUCCCGAAGUCCGACUCACGCGAUCCAGGGACGGCACCAGCGGCACGGCGACGUUUGUGUUUGAGCAGCCGUCGGUGUUCGAUCAGCCCAGCGACCUGGGCGACAUCACGGGGCUCUUCAUGAUCGACGAGGAGGGCGACCUGCAGACGGUGGACGUGAGCGCCAAGUUCAUCAAUGGCAAGCCAGCGGGUAUUGAGGCGAAAUACAUUAUGCGCUCGGAGAGGGAAUGGGACCGCUUCAUGCGCUUCAUGGAGCGGUACGCCGAGGCCAACAACCUGGGCUUUGUCAAGAAGUGA